GUUGGUGAGUGGGAUGUGCUUUGAAGACAUUUGGAGGCAGAUAUUUAAACUGGGCUGCUGAAACCCUGGACCAUCAUUCUCUCCCCCUGCACACGGUGUUCACGGUAAGAGCAGGAGAGAACCAGCUCCAGGAUGAUUGCUGUGCUGCUGCUGGUGUUUGGACUGACCCCUGCCUGCAUAUUUCCUGUCAGUGCUGACAUCCCUGUGUACCCAAACUUUGACCCCCAAAAGGUAAGACAUUUACAGAUGGGACUUGCAACCUGUGGAAAUGAGUGAUGUUUCCCCUUUCCCCUCUGACCUUGCUUCUCUUAGGACUCUGGAUAGGACACCUGAGCAGCUUUGCUCUUGAGUAAAUAAUAAUAAUAAUAAUAAUAAUAAUUAUUAUUAUUAUUAUUAUUAUUAUUAUUAUUAUUAUACCCUGCCCACUCUGGCCAAGGACUGGGCUCAGAGCGGCUAACAACAAGAAUAUAAAACAUUAAUAUAAUAUCAGGCAGGGAAUAAAAAUAUUCUAAAAUCAAUGAGCUAGAGUAAAUCCAAUCAGAUGGCAAACGGCAGAUUAGGGUUGUUGAUCUUGAAUGCUCACAGUAAAGGCCCUGUUGCUUUUGGGUCCCACUUCUCCUCUCGCCCAAGCCCACAAACUUGGCUAUCAACAGAUUAAUGGCUGCCUGAUUUUGAUUUGUGCUUCUAGCUCUGGUAGGAAAAUUACAGAGAUGAGGUGGGCUGCUUUAUAUCAGGCACGUCCAACUCCCCAGAGACUGCAAUGUACUCCCAGGAUAAAAUAACUGGCACUAAUCUAUGCAUUGUCAUUGGAGGGAGGAGGAGUGUGUGGGGUUUUUUUGGGGGGGGGGGUUGGCCGGAGUUGUUGAGCAUUUGGGGGGGGGAAUGACAAAAAAUGCACAACAGAAAGUGCAGCACUGAAAAUUGAACAUAGCGCUACAACCAACAUUACUUUCGCAAUCAACCAACUGGACGUUGCUAUUUUAUAUAUUAAAACCUAUCACCUUUCGCUGCCCCCUAAAAUGUCAAUCAAAAUUCUUCUGUUUUAGGCUAUCGGGAAGUGGCACCCCAUCGGGAUGGCUUCCAAGUUGCCUGGGUUGGCUGAGCAUGAUCAGAAAAUAUCACCAAUGGACCACACAGUGGAGGUUUCGGAUGGAGAUAUGAAACUCACCGCUAAUUAUAUGUCGUUAGUACCUUACAACUGAUACCUCUCCUCCCAUCAUGCAUAGGCUGGGGAUUGAACCGGGGUCCUUGUGCAUGCAAAGCAGGUGCUCUGCCACUGAGCCACAGCCCUGAUUUCCCCUGAAAUCAUUUUGAGAUGCUUUGGAAAGGGCAUAAAGUUUCUGGCACUGCCAGUCAGUGUAGACAAUAUUGAGCUGGAUGCAGCAAUGUCCAGAUUUUGUACAGAGCUGCUGCUUAGGGAAGACCACAUGUUUCCCAUCCCAUAUUAUCUCUCUCUUUUUGUGUGUGUCUUGUUUUAUCUUAAUAUAUCAUAACGAGCCACUUAGGGUGGGCAUAGUGAUAUAAAUAAAACAUAGCUGGAAUGCCAAUGGAGACAUUGAGUAAUCCUGUGGAAACCAUUUGAUAAUGUAGAGGCCUCCAAAAAGGCCUGUUCAUUUUGAAGGCAUUGAUAGCAACAGGGUGCCAUUCCUCUUGACACUCUGGCUAUCCUUCCCUCUGGUAAAGUCUAAGGCAUCUUACUGGUAAUGUAUUCUUCCAUCAGUGGCUCUGACACCCUAAAAAAUACACGCGGGGGAAGCAAGGCAGAAGCAGGCUGGGUAUCUGGUUUUGAAUUGCUUUCAUUUAGCUCUCUUUUCCAGGGAUGGUCACUGCAAGGAAGCAUCUUUCUUGUUAAAGCACACUGACAAACCUGGUGUAUUCAAAUUUCCUGGUAAAUAUGACUACCAUGAGCCACCCUAUUACCUGAUGAAAAAGUAUGUUUUGUGAUCGGAAGAUCCAGAUGCUGUGAUUUGGGCAAAUGUUCAAACAUUUGGGCAAAUGUUCAAACAUAGGUCUAGCCAGAGCUUUUUUUCUGGGGGGACACAGGGGUACGCAUACCCUUAAACAUUUUGUCAAUCUAAGUUUGGCCUCAUUGAGGAGCAGUAUUUCAAUAUGAGUAGGAAUAUGAGAGGACCCCUAAACUUUUUUUUUUGAAAGAAAGCACUGGGUCUCACUAAACCUAAGUAGCCUAGAGAAAACAAAGGCAGCCAUGCUUGCUCCAGAGUUCUUUCGGAAGAUCGUUCCAAGCUGACCUCUCAUCUUGAGAUUCAAGAGAGAAGUGAGAGGAGGAGGAGGAGGAGGAGGAGGUUGUAAAGAGGAUGCAGCAUAAGACUAUCAGUCUAAAUAACAAAGAGAUAGGAAGGGCAAAUGAGGAGUUAAAGGUACGUAACAGUCUGGUUAUGGGGAAGUCCUUUACCACAUACAGUGGUAUCUCUAGUUGUGGACACAAUAUGUUCCGGGGUGCCGGGGUGCCGGGGUGCCGAAAAGUCCGCAACUAGAGCGGUGCUUCUGCGCAAGCAUGGAGUGCACACGGCCAUUCUGCGCAUGUGCGAAGCGUGCAGAAUGCAUCUGCAACAUGAAGCGAACGCAACUAGAGGUAUGACUGUAUUGAGAAAGAGGAAGGGGGGUGUCCUUCCUCAAAGCAAGGCCUUUUGGGGAAGGGGUUGAGAGAGUGUCCACAUAAUCAUAUAUUUCCUAUGGUAACUAGUCAACAUUUAUAUUUAACUUUAGAUUUUCAGCAUAGUACUUGCAGCCUUGGCCACACAAACACCUUCCUUUUAGGAAGGACGCUCUUUUCUCUGACUCAAGAGCUGAAGGAAGGAGUCUGCCAUGCCUAACACCAUGGCUAAAAGAGGGGGAAAGUAAGAAAGGGAGCAAGAUGAAAUGUGUGGGGGUGAAGGAAUGGUGAUUCCCACUGCCUGCUUUAGGUAGGGCAAUCUGUGGCAGUGGACCUGGGCAGGACACUUAUUAAGUCAUGGAGAUUCACCUCCCUUAAAAUUCUGAAGACAUAUUAAUGAGAGGGAGGGAGAAAGAAUGAAUAAUUAAGGUGACUAAGAGUGGCUGAUCCCCAUUUGCCUGCCCCCCCCUCCACUAACAGUCAAGAAAUGAGGAACCCGCUUCCUUCAGUUGAUAUCUUGUGUUGUUUCCUGUAUAGAUGGUAUUGCCCACAUCAUGGAUGUUGAUUAUGAAAAGUAUGUCAUUUUGCACAAGAAGAAAUUAGAAAACGAAACUAUGUAUCUGUCUGGUAUGUGUUAUGGCAAUGGAUUUUAUUUUUAUUUAUUAAAUACAGCUCUUCACCCAUAGAUCUCAGAGCAGUUCACAACAUAAAACAAACAAACCAAUAACCCUCACUCCACCCUGUGGCAUAUCCGUGGUUCAGCAAAAAGGAUGCUAGUUAGUUAGUGUUGUUGUUUUUCAACUCAUUCUUCAGCCACAAAGAAGUUACAAAUCUCUCUCUCUCUCUCUCUCUCUCUCUCACACACACACACACACACACACACCCUAAAAGUCACAAAAGGAGAAUGGGUUGGGAGGAGAGGAAAGAAGCAAGCUCAGUUUCAAGUUCUGAGUUUCAAGUUUUUCUGUGGACCAGCCAGAGCAGGAAAAGUUCAAAGGAAGGAGGCAGAGCCAGUGCUGAUCUUCACUCUGCUGUGCUGAAGGAGUUGGCCCUGCCUUGCCUUUUCCAUCUGUAGUAUAGUUUGGUGGCUGGUGGAAGGUUUUGCCUAAAACAACUGGACGGAUACCCUAAGUUUAUGGACGGAUACCCUAAGUUCUGUUCAAUCCAAUUACGGCUCUAGUUAGCAUACAAAAUAGAAUACAAAAUUAUUGAAUAUCUUUAUCUAUACUUAUAUGGCUAAUUUCUACCCCCCCCCCUUUUCUUUUUUUUGCUGUCAACAGUCACCUAUACUGUACAGAGUUAAAAAGAAGGAGGAAAACCUAUUUAAAAUCUUGACUACAAUAAUCUUCUAGAAUAAAAAGUGGCUAAUGGAAUAAUCAACGCUUCCCAUGGUGAAGGAAUAUCUUUUUUGGAAAAGGGAGCUGAACCCUAAAUAAUGGCCCUUUUAGCACUUCACAAUGAUCCAGCAGAAAGAGCAGCUACCAUAAAGCCUCCCACUAGCAAAUAGGGACAGUCAGCACCUGUGUGGGCUUUCAGUUCCUUUAGAUCAGGCAUGGCCAAACAUGGCCCUCCAGAUGUUUCGGGACUACAACUCCCAUCAUACCUAGCUAGCAGGACCAGUGGUCAUGGAUGAUGGGAAUUGUAGCCCCAAAACCUCUAGAGGGCCAGGUUUGGCCAAGCUUGCUUAGAUCCUCUUCUCUGGUUUCAUGGGGGUUCUGUUCCUGACUGUCCAAUGGACAAUCCAGAGAAGAUGGCAAGAAUAAGAGACUUUGGGUGCUCUAUAGACAUAAAACAGAUAUUUCAGCCUUUCUCAGAACAACAAUUUACUCAACCUUUGCUUGUGUUUAAAGCUAGGGGAUCGAAAUUGGGAGAUGACAUCAAAGAAAAAUUCAAGAAAUUAGCCUUGGAGCAAAAGUAUCCUGAGGCACACAUCAAAUACUUUGGGAAUGUCGGUAAGGCAACCUGAUCUCAAUAUUUUUUUAUUGUAGGUGUGUAUGAAUGUCUCUGUGUGAAACAGAAUCUGAGGAGCUAUAUUUAGUCUCAGAGAGAUUCACAAAUCUGGAUCACCACUACAGUUUGAGUACAGUGGUACCUCGUUUGCUGAAUGCUUCAGAAGUUGAACAUUUUGGUAUUUGCUGAAAACCUGGAAAUAAAUGCUUCCGAUUUGAAUGCACCUCGGAAGUCGAACGGCUACUGAAGCUCAUUUCUUAAUUGUCUCAAUUGAAUUUGCUGACUGCCCAUUGCGCCUUGGUUGUCGAACGCUUCAGAAGUCGAAUGGUCUUCUGGAACAGAUUACAUUCGACAACUGAGGUACCACUGUAGUUAAAUCACUGAAAUUAACUGAGGUCUGAUUUCCAUGCUUAAUCAUAAUUAAAGCACCUGAAGCUAUCAGGAAUUGAGUGGGGGGUAGAUUUGCUAAGGGCAGCAGACAAUUUGGACCUAGCUGUGGGAAUGGAUAGGAAGGAGUUUGUUCUACAUCCCUCAGCUGGGGUGGUGUGUGUGGUGGGACUCCAGCAAUUCUGGCUCCUGGGCAGGGUCUGGCUAGAGACCAGCUGAGGGACGCGGGUGGCACUGUGGUCUAAACUGCUGAGCCUCUUGGGCUUGCCAAUCAGAACGCUGGCAGUUGGAAUCCCUGCAACUGGGUGAGCUCCUGUUGUUCUGUCCAAGCUCCCUCCAAUCUAGCAUUUCGAAAGCACGCCAGUUCAAUUAGAUAAAUAGGAACCACUGCGGUGGGAAUGUGAAUGGCAUUUCCAUGAUCUCUGCCUUCAUCAUUGUGUUCCGUUGCGCCAGAAGCUGAAGGCAGCCCUGUUUAGGGAAGCUUUUAAUGUUUAAUAGACUAUUGUAUUUUAAUAUUCUGUUGGAAGCCGCCCAGAGUGGCUGGGGAAACCCAGCCAGAUGGGUGGGGUAUAAAUAAUAAAUUAUGAUUAAUAUUAUUAUUAUUAUUUAGUCAUGCUGGCCACAUGACUCGGAAAGCUGACUGUGGACAAAUGCCGGCUCCCUCGGCCUGAAGCAAGAUGAGCACCACAACCCCACAGUCACCAUUGACUGGAUUUAACUGUCCAGGGGUCCUUUACCCUGACCUUUCUACCUAGUUCCCAGCUCUAGAUGAUGGCCUGGUUAGGACUAGCAACUCUGUCUUCGGCUGCCUUAUGGGGCUCAGAUUCCAGUUAAUUAGAAUUAAAGUAGCUUCAGUCCCAGCUGCAAGGAGGCAGCUUCCACUUGGCUGGAGACUGGAAAAAAACCCAGUCCAAAAGUUAUGCAUGAAAUGCUGGCCUAGGUGGCUAUCAUAUUUGAAGGUUCAUAUUCCCCCAAAGACCUUAGUGAGGACCCGUCCUUCCUGGCCACAUAUCAAAACAUUUUCUUGCUGCUGUCAGUAUACUUGGCUGCUUCUGCUCUUUGGUUUUUACACCUCUGUAUUGUUUAUUUUAUCUGCUCUUCUUUCAUUGGCAUAAAUUUUUAUAGGCUCUGUUUCCCACCCCCAAAAUUUCUGCAUUUGUUAACUGUGUUGAGUGGCUUAGUUUUGAACUAGAAUGGUGAGAUACAAAUGUUCCUCACAGUGGCUUACCCAUUAAGGCAAAUAGGACACGGUCCCACCAGCCUUAGUCUGCCCCUAGGGAGUCUUCACAUGCCCACCUUCUUACUGACCACCAGCCAAGGAGUGGAACUCCUUGAGAGCUUCCUCCUUCAUCUCAGCGUUGCCCCUGUAGAACUCAGUAGGCGGGGGCCUCUCAUCUGCUGUUGGCCUCCCUGCCUCCCAUGCCACCAAUCCCAAUGGGCAUCAUCUACCACUGAUUCCAAAUAAAGAAAUACAUAUGAGUUGCUCACAUUUUCUUCCUCCUUACCACUUUCCCUGACACUCUUCUCUUCCUUUCUCCCACAGAACAAUGCGCUCCAAAAGCUGCUUAAUAACCAGAUACAGCAUUUCUCCAUAUAUAUUUGCAGCAUUGGUUAAUAAUCAGAAACACCCAAUAAUCAUUACUCUUUCUGGAUGGUGGAGAUGAUGAUGACUACGGAUAAAUGCCUCUAGCCAUUCACCAUAUUUCUGGCUUGUAGAAAUUGAUGCAAGUAGAACAAAAACGUCUUUGGGUUCCUCUCUCUCCUGAAACUAUUUUUAAAAUAAAUACAUUGCUUAGAUCUUGCA